AUGAUAGGCGAGAGCUCAUGUUACCAUUUCCUGAGCAGCUGGAAGAAAACACGUAGAUAUUGCAUGCGCAUUUGAGAUGAAGGAGUGCUGUAUUUAACAAUGGCAGAAGCAAGCGAUCACAGCACACCACUGCAGGCUCAGGAAACGGCCCAACUAGAACAACAUUUGCAGGGAUGGAGAGAGGUGAUACUGGCUGUGGAUCAGGUGCUGCGGUGGCAAAAGCCGUGGUUCCCACUUGCACUGAUUGGGUUCACCACCGCAUUCUUUUUGUCACUGUAUUACCUGGACCCAUCAGUGCUGACUGGAGUUUCGAGUAGUAUAGUGAUACUAAGUCUGGCUGACUAUUUGGUGCCCAUAGUUGCCUCUAAGAUCUUUGGAUCAAAUCAGUGCAGGAUGUCUGGACAACAGCGUUUCCAUGAGAUAUGCAUAAGUCUGGUGAAGACAUACCAUCGCUUCACUGAUUUUUGGAAAGGCUUUUUUAACUUCAAGGACAGGAGACCAAAGACGUACUUCCUGUUAGUCAUAAGUGCUCUGCUGGGGAUGGCAUGGGUUGGACAGCAGGUCCAUAACCUCCUGUUGACGCAUCUGAUUGUCACAUUCAUCUUGCUUCUACCUGGAAUGAUGAUUUGUGUGUCAAAAUACACUGGUAUGGUGCGGAGACUUUUCAGACGAGGCAAAAAGAAAGACUGAACAUCUGACUCUCCUCCACUGGACACAACGUCUUUCGGUCUCGCCGGCUAGAAGGUCUCCAACAUCGCAACAUCGUUACCACGCACAAAGCAGUAUCUUCUCUGAUCUCCAGUGUAGUCUGUUCAGGCACUGCAGUGAGGCCACAAUACUUCUGCUUUGAAAUGUGUCCCUCAUGCUCACUGGGCUGGUGUCCUCAGACUGGUACAUUAGACAUUUUAUAUUUAUGUGUGACAUUCACUGGUUCCAAUGUACCAGGUAAUCUUUAGUAAGCACUAUUGUGAACACAGAAGUGUUAAGGUCAUGCCAAAGACCACUGAAUGUCAGUUUAGAUGCAACCCUAGUCAAAAUAACAUCCUCGCUCACACAUUCCUACAUUCAGAGGCCAAUCAAGUCUAUGCUGUGCUUUGCAUAGAUUUAUCACAAAUGUAUUUAUUAUUUGUGUGUUUUGCAGUUUUCACAUGAUUUAUUUAAGAACUUCCUUAGUGGCUUCCACAAUAAAACACAUUUGUUAAAAAAGGAAAAUUGUCUUUUAUGAAACAUUGUUCAUUAAAGAGAUAAAACAUGUUUAACAUUUAAUCAUUCCAUCAUAAACAGUGUCACUUGGAGCCAGUGUUCAGAAACAAAAACAGCAAACUUGCAUCACUACAAUAGCAUGUAGUAUAGGGAUACAUAUCUAUACAUAUCUGUCUAUAUAUAUCUAGUUGGAUGUUUAAUUUUUAAGAGAAAGGCAUGCCGCUUAUUAAAGUGUUCUGCAACAUUA